AUGAGCGAGUAUGACAACGUCAUACGGCAGCAGCUACACAGCGGUAUUGCGGAGGUGGCAAGCCCACAUCAAUCAUCGCAGGGCAGGACGUACUACAUGCCCCAUCAGGCGGUAAUCAGAGAAGGCGCCAGCACGACAAAGCUGCGGGUCGUAUUUGAUGCCUCGUCACACGAUGCCAAGGCGAAGUCACUGAACGACAAUUUGGAAAGUGGCCCCAACUUGAACUGUGACCUAGUGGCAUUACUGCUGAACUUCAGGAAAUAUCGGGUGGCUAUGGUCGCUGACAUCGAGAAGGCCUUCUUACAGAUUGGCGUCACCGACGCUGACAGAGAUGCACUACGUUUUCUGUGGCUGAAGGAAGCUCCGACACACGAUCAACCUUUGCCAGACAUCGAAACGUACAGAAUGACCAGGGUCCCUUUUGGAACCACGUCGAGCCCCUUUCUACUGGCAGCUACAUUACAACACCACCUGCGGAGCCUGAAAGACGAAUACCCCGUCACGUGUACGUUGCUCAGCGAGUCACUGUACGUUGACGACCUUCUGGUUGGAGCAGCAGAUGAAGGAAGUGCCGAGAAACUUUACCGUGAGGCGAAGAGCAUAUUCCAAACUGCUUCUAUGAAGUUGCACAAAUGGGCGUCCAAUAGUCCGACCAUGAGGAACUUGUUUGAGGAGGAAGCAACAGCAGCGAUGCCAUAG